CCGAGGGGAAAAUCCAAUCAUGAAUGUGGAGAGGACUAUAUUUUAAUUUUUUUUUUGCCGACCACAAUCCGCAAUGGUUAUCUUGUUCUCUUUGCUGUACGUGUCAGAUUUCCGAACUGAAGUCAUUCGGGAUCAUGAAUGUCUAGGACCGUGUCUGAUCAAUUAAUAAUUGUUUGCAAAUCAGCACCGAGGUUUUAUUGGAGUAGAUCUCUAUUAUAAGAGCUCCGCAUGCCAUUCUUCUUUCGGAGGGCUCUUUUUCUUCCUUUUGUGUUCUUUAUAUAGUUCUUUGGUUAUGCAACCCUCAUACAAACUACGUCAGUAAUUAAUUUCAUGAUACCCUAUAGGGUUUGUUUGAGAUCAACGUUUCAAUCAAUUGAACUGAUGGUUUGGAAAGAUAAUUGGUUUAUUCUUUGUGUUCAAAACCAUUGGUUCGUAUAGUAAUCAUUUAUUUAUCUAUACAUUUAUCCUCUACAAUACAAUGGCUUCGUCUCCGCCCGCAGGAUCUGAGCCGGCAACAGAAGCUCCAACGCCAGCUCCUGUACCAGUGACGUUAGAAGCCGAUGAUCCGGAAGCCUUAAUCGACGAUGGCGAUUCAGCUCUUGGAUCUGAACCCGGAAGUUCCACGACCUCACUCGCUUCAAGUAUUACUAGAUACCGCAUAGAGAAUGGACGUACAUAUCACGCUUACAAAGAUGGAAAAUACGCAUACCCUAAUGAUGAUAUGGAACAAGAAAGAUUAGAUUUACAACAUCACAUAUGUAGUCUUACAUUUGAUGGUAAGCUCUUCACGGCACCAAUUGAGGCAGAUAAGAUUGAGAGAGUUUUGGAUGUGGGUUGUGGAACGGGAAUUUGGACAACGGAUUUUGCGGAUGAGUAUCCCCAGGCUACAGUUUUGGGAAUUGAUUUAAGUCCUAUUCAACCAAUGUUUACACCUCCGAAUGCAAUAUUUCAAGUGGAUGAUUUGGAGGAGGAAUGGACUUUUGAUGACAAUGAGGCGUUUGAUUUUAUCCAUGCGAGAAUGAUGACAGGAAGUCUUGGGGAUUGGGAUCGAUUCUUUGAUCAAGCUUGGAAUAACCUGAAGCCAGGUGGAUACAUUGAACUUCUAGACAUCCUACUCCCAGUCUCCUGCGCUGAUGAUACACUCAAACCCGAUUCGGCGCUUCUUAAAUGGUCACAAUUACUGUUGGAAGGAAGCAUUAUAGCAGGCAGGGAUCUAAAUAGCGCGCUUACUUGUAAAGAGAAAUUGGAGAAGAGAGGGUUUCAGGGGGUCCAUCAGGCGAUUUAUAAGUGGCCAGGAAAUAGAUGGCCGAAAAAUGCUAAAGCUAAGGAGAUAGGAAUGUGGCAUCAAGAAAAUCUCACAUCAGGGCUCAUGGGACUUAGCGUAGCCAUAUUUACAAGGCUAUUAGGAUGGAAUGUAGAGGAACUAGAAUUAUUUUUGGUGGAUGUUAGGAGGGAGAUGAAGGAUACAUCAAUUCAUGCUUACUGGUCUAUAUAUUCGCAUUAUGCGCAGAAGCCUUUAGAGGCUUAGUAAAGUACGGGAAAUAUGAUCUUGGGCUCAAUCGCGUGUAGAGGGGAGUUUGUGGUACAUAAAACUGGAUGAUAGGAGAUAUCAAGGGUGGUUAAAUUUGGCAUCAAUGGAACAUAUACAUCUAAUGCUGGUGGCCGGAGGGUUUGUUGGUGGAGCGAAUCUAUCAGACACAUUUCACGGGAACCCAGGAAGUUAGUUCAUCUGAGAGUUCAAAUGUCUAAAGUUGGAUUUUACCUAGUGGAAUGAGAAUAUACA